AUGUAUUCACAACGCAAUUUUUUGUGAAUUUACCUAAAAAUAUUCUCAGUGAUCAAACUAACUAGAAGUUAAGUAACCAAAACUUGGUGAAAACGAAAGUGUAACAUCAGCCUAUCUGACGUUUAGCUAUCGGACAUUGUGAAAACGGGACUAAAACAAAAAAAAAGUAAUAAGACAAUUCGGAGAGGAAGCAUUUUCCCAUUUGAAAAAGUCCGUCAAAAUCAAAGCAACAAACAAUAAAAUCAGCAAUUUCGAAUUUUUGAGACACAUUAAUUCCCCAUACUAUUUCUGUCGCAAUAAAAUUAAUUUCAAUUAUUUCUAUAACAGAGUGACCCGGUAAAAUAAACAAAAUUCCCUAUUAGCGAAAAAAAUUUGUAGUGCGCUUUGCGCGAGUGCAGUGAAUGUGAAUGGAGGGCAGAGAUUGGUAAAGAAAAAGGGAAAAUUUUCAGUACUAGAAAAGUUUCGGUAAAGUGAAGGUGGACGAAUAAAGAAGAAAUAUUUGCUCGUAAACAAAAACAGUGCAUUCGGUGCAAUUUUGUACUUGCAAUCACGUAAUUUAAAGUCUGUAUCAAAUUCGUUGAGCGGCCGGUGUACGCAAACGUGUUGCGUUGAGGGAUAUUGCCAUCUCUGUUUCUCGAAAGUAUUCAAAAGGCUAAACUUUCUUGCGAGAAAACGAGAGCUGCAUAGAAACGCUGGUCGAUUAUUUUUGUUUUGGCAAUUUUCGUUGAUAGGCGAAAGUGUAGGUGUGAACGAGAUAUCCAGAGCGUGUUGGGGCGCACACUUUGCACACUUUGUCAACGAAACAGUGAAAAAGCAAAAGGCUGAAAGAAAUUCGCCUUAAUUUGGACGGACGUCUUUCGCUUAGACCAUUUUGAAAAAAUAAAACAUGGCUGGAAGAGGUGUUUUUGAUCACGCUAGAAACUUUGGAGAUCGCCCAGGAAAGCAAUUGCCAACGGAGCCUCCAUUCAUUGCAUACGUCGGAAAUUUACCACAAGGUCUGGUACAAGGAGAUGUAAUAAAAAUAUUUCAAGAUUUUGAAGUUAAAAACGUUCGUCUGGUUAAGGAUCGCGAAACUGAUCAGUUCAAAGGGUUUUGUUAUGUCGAGUUUGAAACUCUAGAAAACUUGGAAAAGGCUUUGGAAUGUGAUGGACGCAUUAAAUUGGACGACUUAUCCGCCCCGUUGAGAAUUGAUAUAGCUGAUCGCAGGAAAAACGAAAGAGGUGGAGCGGGCGGUGGUGGCGGUUUUAAUAAACGUGGCCCACCCCGACAAGGGGGUGCCGCUGGUGGCGGCGCUGGCGGCAAUCAUCAAUUUAAUCGUGGUGGUGGCGGCGGUGGUAAUCGCGGCGAUAAUAGAGGUUCGUACAAUGAUAAUUAUGGUCACAACGAUAGAAAUCGUGGCGGAGGCGGCGGCAGCGGUGGUGGUGGUGGCAUGAAUAGAGGAUAUAACGAUCGACCAGCGAAUCGUGGACGCUAUGGCAAUUUUAAUAAUGACGAUCGUUUCGAGCGCAAUCACGAUCGUAAUCAACGCGAAGGUAGCUAUGGCGCUCAAAGUCGAGAUGGUGGAAACGAUCGUUAUAACAAUUUCAGUAGGAAUAGAGGUGAACGCGAUCGCGAACGUCCCCACUUUAAUCCCAAUCAUAAUGACAGACCCGCACCGGCUCCUGCCCCGUUAGGUAGUAUAGACGACAGCGAGAGACCACGAUUAAAUUUGAAACCAAGGACCAUUCAAGCGCCAAUCAAUGCGUUGGCUGAGACUAAGCAGUCAGCCGCGAUUUUUGGUAAUGCCAAACCUCGCGAAGAAAAGUUUAAGGAGUUUCAGAAUGAUGACAAGGAGCACGAGGAUGCAGAUGAUUAAACAGAAGUGGAGAGUAGUUGAAGAGUAUCGUUUUUCUCAUACAAAUGCAAAUCGAAAGAAAAUUUAAAGCAGCAUAAUAAAAAAAGGCAACCGGACAGAAUAAAAAUUCAAAAUAUAUGAAUUGCUAUGAUAGCAUUACAAACAUUAUAUAUAUGAUAAUACGAUAACAAAAGCGACAACAACAACCUAAACAAAUAUCCAAUAAUAAAAUAUAUACUUUUUUUUUUCUUAAAUGACAUUUUUUGCGGAAAUUUAAGUGAAUAUAAAAAGGAAAACGUAAAGUAUACUUGAAAAAAAGCAGACAAGGAGUAAAUCAUGCGAAUUAAAAAAGAGCGGAAAGUAAUUGUGCAAAAGGAAAAAACUCUUUAACAAAAUAAUUAAUAUAAAUUAAACAAUAAGUUUGAAUUAACUCGUUUUAAUAGAAGAAAAUCAGUUUCGACUGAGAGCAGAGCAAAGUUGAUUAAAAAGAACGAGAGCACGAGGAUAUAAACGGGCGCGAGUGAAUUUGUUAAGGGACUUAUUAGGCAAACAGCUAGCAGGCCUAGUAAAAUCAAGUGGGUUCGAUAAUUAUAAGGAAACGAAGUGGCGUAGCGUGUUGUGCGUGGCGUAAGAGGACAAAAUAAAAUAUUACAUCAGCUUGUGAUGUCAGAGCGGAAGACGACCACGAAAACGUGUAUGGAAAUGAAAAGGCAUAAAUUAAACAUGAAAAAAAAAAA